AUGUCCGAACAAACCUUCCACAUCACCGGCGAGGACGUCCGCAAGAUGGAGUCGAAGGAGUCCAAGUUCCAUGGAGGCAAGACACCCAAAGAUUCAGAUAUAUCAGCAAUGAAGCAACUCCUCUCGGAACAGGGAUCCAAACAAGACCAAAUCGACCGUGUCAAGGCGAACCUGCCUCUCCCCGACCCCCCGUCGGAGGAGCAAGUGCAGAUCUCCAGUCCGCGGACCAACGCACCGUGA